ACCACCAAAACAAAACCAAGAUUUAAGCCGUUAUUUUCUCUCUCGCUGUGACCUGAAUAUCACAGCUCCGUCGUUUUAUCUUUUCACCCUUUCGUCGUCUUCGUUUGAUUUGUCUUCUUCUUCUUCUUCUUCCUCAAUCGUUUCAUCAAAGAGAGAGAGAGAGAUUCAGAAUCUCUCUUUCCCGGGAAUAAAAGCUCUAGAUAUAAAAUGGUGGAUUCCGGGAAAGAGUUUUUGAUGUUAGAUAGCUACAAUAGCAUCCCAUGGCUAAUUUGGAUCCAAUUGUUCGUCUUCGUCCUUCUCUUACUCCUCCUUUGUCUCGUCGGAGUUUUCUCCUUAGAUAUCGGAUAUAAUAGUUUCUCUUCUUCUUCUUCUUCUGAUUCUGUUCCUUCUACCUCCGGUUCAUCUCUUUCUAAGAGAUUUCUUUCUGGUAAUCCGGUUCCGAUUAGCCACCACGGUUUAGGUUUCUCCGUCAAUUCGAGUCACGUACAGUCCCAUCAGGUUGGAAGCUCUCAAAGCAUAAAAGGAGAGAUAACACCAGCUGUAACAAGGAGAGUGACGACAACAGAGGAAGAAGCAGAAGGUUCGUUGGAGAAAGAUUCGAGUCGUACUUUGCAUCAUCCGUGUAAUUUGUUUAGGCUGGCUGGAUCUGCGUUUCUAAAAUGUUUAGGGAUUGACAGGACUACCGAAGAGACCGAUGAUUCUUUGAGACACGAAUCAAAGAAAGAGAGAUGAUCGAUUCUCUUGUGAAUAGAAGAAAGAACAUAGUACAUAACACGUUUUUAUUAUGUGUUGAAUAUCGUAUAGCUAUUGAGUAGGAGAUUAAAGAGAAACUUGUAAGUGUAUAUGAAAAGGUGGAAAUUGUUGGGGUUAACACGAACGAGUUGACGCAACUCAUUUGUUUUU